AUGAAUGUGUCCAGCACAGAAACCACCAACUCCGUUAGCCACUUUAUCCUCGUGGGCUUUCCCUCAAGCCCAGAAAUGCAGCUCCUCUACUUCGGGCUCUUCUCAGUAGUCUACACGCUGACUCUCAUGGGGAACGCAGCCAUUGUCUGUGCAGUGUGGUGGGAACGGCGUCUUCACACGCCCAUGUACAUCCUCUUGGGGAAUUUCUCUCUCCUGGAAAUAUGUUAUGUCACCACAACUGUCCCUAACAUGUUGGCCAAUUUCCUGUCCUCAAGCAAGUCCAUUUCCUUUGUGAGCUGUUUUGCACAGUUCUAUUUCUUCUUCUCUCUGGGGUGUGAUGAGGGCUUCUUCCUCUGCAUCAUGGCCUUUGACAGGUACCUUGCCAUCUGUCGUCCUCUGCAUUACCCACGCAUUAUGACGAAACAGCUGUACACUGGCCUUGCCAUCUUUGGCUGGUCGUGCGGGUUCGUCCUCUUCCUAACCCCAGUUGUUCUCAUUUCACAGUUACCCUACUGUGGCCCAAAUACCAUCAACCAUUUCAUGUGUGAUCCUGUCCCAUUGAUGAUGCUGUCCUGUUCUGAAGACACCACAACACAGUUCAUUUACUCUACUUUCAAUGCUAUUUUUAUGAUUGGAACCUUUCUCUUUGUUCUUUGUUCCUAUGCUCUGGUGAUUGUGUCUGUGCUAAGGAUGCCCUCAGCAGCAGGCAAACACAAGGCUUUCUCCACUUGUGCUUCUCAUCUGGCAGUGGUGAUCCUGUUUUUUGGCUCUGUUAUGGUGAUGUAUGUUAGUCCUGGAUCAGGACGCCCAGUGAAAAUGCAGAAAAUUGUGACCUUACUUUAUUCUGUGAUAACACCCCUCUGUAAUCCUCUAAUCUAUAGCCUUAGGAACAAGGAAAUGAAGACUGCUCUGAGGAAAAUCUUUGGCACUGCGCAUGGUAUUCAUAAAAUGUAAAUCAGAGUCAAAUUCCAUCACUGGAGUGUAACUUCCCUUAACAAAACAUGAGUGAUAUAUUUGUCUGAAAAUUCACUAAAUUGUAUUUUAAAACUACUAAAAUGAAAGCCCAUUAUCAUCUUAAACACCACUCACCACAAAUUGUAGUAGUCUUAUUUAAGAAUGUAUUUUAGCAAGUGGAUUCAAUUUUGUUUUGAAGCUAUUUAUCACGUAAGUGAAAUUUUAGUAUCUAAGCCCAUUAGUC